AUGGUCGAGGGCAGCAAUACGGCAGAUGCGAACAACCUGGCAUACCAAUUCGAAGGCAGCAUGACACUCCAAUCGUCCGAAGAGGAGUCCAUCAAUCUCGCACACGGCCAGCGCACCAGCCACCUCGUCGACGCGUUCAAACUGAGCGCCGUCGUCGACAAUGAAAAGUACAAUUUCGCCUACAUUGACAAGAAGAUGGUAGAGAUCAUCAACGAGAUGACCAAGCACGUCUCGAAAUUCGAUCCAAAGCGUCCGGUAAGCUGGAUCAGAUACGCCAUCAACAAGGUGCCCGUCCUGCGCCGUCCGAGCGUCGAUCCUUUCGUUACGCUCGAGCUCACGGUCCGGCUGGUCCGGGGCCGCCAGAACGGGCUCCGCGAGCCGCUGUCCGGCCAGGGACCCUGCCAGACGGCGUUUGCCGUCGAUCGUUCCUCGCCGAGAUGGCGCGUCCGCGCGGCCUCUUCCAGACAGUCUUUCCCGACUACGGCGGUCUGCUUGAUGGAUUGGAUGCUGAGGGGAAGGUGCUUGGAGGCAUGGGACGGAUGGAAAGGCUGUCACGCUGGAUGA